AUGGUGCACCACAAAGCGGCAACGUCCGCUACGAGGAAUGAGGAGUUGCAAAUCUGGUCGACCAAAGCAGCACAGGAGUCAGCGGGGGAGACGACCACUGGACCGUACCUCACUUUCACCUCAUACGAGAAGAUCCGUUUACUGUCUCUGCCACCCGCUGACCAUCACCCCAUCAACUCCCUUCCUCGGCGGCAACACUUCCUCAAGCCCACAGUCGAACAAAACACCCCUGCUCAGCAUAUCGCCCUCCAUGCUCAUCCCCCACAGACUCGCAGUCACUACCGGUCCCUGCUCAGAGCGUCGGACGAUGUCGUUCACCAGUCUGACACCGAGCUGCCGGCUCUGGGCCGCGUUCGCGCCCGGAACGAAGAUCGAGUUGAUGAUGCGCCUGAGCACACCCUGCGUCUCUUGUGCGAUCGUCACCGUCACCGAGCCGACGAUGGUACCCGCUGGGUUGGUGGCGAUCAGCGCGAAGAAUCGACCGUUUCGCGCGUGGAUCUUGGUUGUGGCAGAGAGGGUGUGGAUGUCCCCGUUGGACUCAGUGAGGCAGGUCUUGAGGUCUGGGUAGCGGGAGGCAUCGGUACUGGAGAGGACGUUGGAGCUGAUCCAGUCAAGAGCCGGGCCAGUGGCGACGCUGAUUUGUUGAUGGAGAUGGACAUGUUGAAGAUGAUUGAGAUCUUCUGGCGACACGAUGAGCGGCGAGCGGGUCGCAGAAUUGUCUGCUUAUAUGCCGCUCGUCGCCUCACUAGUCUCGUGACGACAUGCAGCAUCCGGCCCUCCAGAAGGCCAUCGACACACGUUCGUGCUAGCAUUACUAGUCAGGUCUAG